AUGUCCGCCGCUGUCGCGUCCCCGGCUUCCCAGCCUCCCAAGCUGGAGAAGAAGCCCGUCAAGUUCUCCAACUUGCUUCUGGGUGCAGGGCUCAACCUCUUCGAGGUGACCACCCUCGGUCAGCCUCUGGAAGUCACCAAGACUACCAUGGCCGCUCACCGCGGGGACAGUUUCGCGGCUGCUCUCACCCGCAUCUGGAACCGCGGUGGUAUCCUCGGCUUCUACCAAGGCCUGAUCCCCUGGGCUUGGAUUGAAGCUUCGACCAAGGGUGCUGUGCUUCUUUUCGUUGCCUCUGAGGCUGAGUACUGGGCCCGCAGUUUUGGCGCCAGCGAGUUCGGCGGCGGCAUCAUUGGCGGCGUGACUGGAGGUGUUGCGCAAGCGUAUGCGACCAUGGGCUUCUGCACCUGCAUGAAGACAGUCGAGAUCACCAAGCACAAGAUGGCUGCCUCAGGCCAGAAGCCCCCCGGCACCUGGGCCACUUUCAUGGACAUCUGGCGCCGUGAGGGUAUUCGUGGCAUCAACAAGGGCGUCAACGCCGUCGCCAUCCGUCAGAUGACAAACUGGGGCUCGCGCUUCGGCUUGAGCCGGCUUGCCGAGCAGGGUAUCCGUAAGGUGACGGGCAAGGAGAAUGGUGAGAAGUUGAAUGCCUUUGAGAAGAUCCUCGCUUCUACCCUUGGCGGCGGUCUCUCUGCUUGGAACCAGCCUAUCGAGGUUAUCCGUGUUGAGAUGCAAAGCAAGAAGGAGGACCCCAACCGGCCAAAGAAGAUGACAGUUGGCACCACAUUUAAGUACAUCUAUGAGACAAACGGUAUCAAGGGUCUGUACCGUGGUGUCACGCCCCGCAUUGGUCUGGGGGUCUGGCAGACUGUGUGCAUGGUUGCUCUGGGUGAUAUGGCAAAGACAUAUGUUGAGAAGCUUACAGGCGAGAAGGUUACGGCUAAGCAUUAA